CGAUCUGGUUCAAUCAGCCAGGCAUAGGAAUCAAAUCUAUUUACAUUCUUUGAAGCUAGAUUCGUGCACUCCAAAAGUAAUCGUCUAGAGAUUUUCUUGCAAGGCAGACAAAAUGUCAGAAGGAGAUACUGAAACAGACGAUAAGUAUGAUCGAUCUGAUGAAUUCACCGACUCUGACAACAACGCCAUUGGGGAUGAUGGAGAUAAAUAUACUGGACACUCUUUUGAUCAUAAAGAUAAAGAGUUGUAUGAGAAAACACAAAAUGACAAGUAUGUGCCUCCGUAUGGAAAUAAAACGAAAUGCUGCAACGACUCGAGCUCUUCGGAUGAAGAUAUACAAAAUGGUUCAUCUUCGCUAACUGAUGAAGAAUUUUCCGAUGAAAUUGAAACCUGUGAACCUUUUCAACAUGAGAAAGAGGGAACGUUAAAACCAAAUAAACAAAGACAACCUUUAAAAAGAGCAUUAAAGAGGGUUAUAUGGUCCGAAAGAAAAUCUUCAAAAGGAAAAUUGAAUACGAAAUUAACAAAACUUGAGGAACAAUAUCAAGUUCUCAAAAAAGAAGUGGACAGCAUUGCCAAAUUUAAGCAAGAUAUCAUACAAUACUGUAGAAAUAAGCAGCAACAAUGCGAGGUCAAUACAAAUAUGGACAAACAUUUGAAAAAGCAUAAUUUUUUCCAUAAAUCCCGAAAAAAUAGGAACAGAAUUUAUUUUACAGAGGUUGAAGAAAUGAUAAUGACGGGAAGAUUUAAUGAAGUUGCUGAAUUAAGACGACCAGAGAUGAUUCCAAUGAAAAGCAGUAAGUUCAUGCAACAUACGAGCGAGAGAGGACAUGGGUCACAUCUACUGCGUGUAUUUAACAAUCCUGAUAUUGGGCAGUCCAUUAAUAUGGUUUGCAAUAUGAGAAUAUGUCCACAAAUUGACAGAUUUCUGUACUCGAUAUUCAGCAUUACCCAACACCAUGAAAAUCAUCCCUACAACCACCAGCAGACAGUUUUACUCGACGCCAGUUGUGAUCAGGAAUUGAUUGCCUCUGAUACUGAAAUUGGGGCUUAUAUAUCAGCUGAUCAUGCCAUUGUUGAUCUCAACCAACUGGUUCGAUCUGAUUUGAAUAACAUCAAUGUGAGUGAACGCACUAAAGAUCGAAUGAUAUACGAAUCAGUAGUUUUCAUAGACAACCGUCAGUCUAACGGUGUAAUAAUAGUAUUUCGAAUUAGACAGUAUUCGUCUUGUAAGAUUGAAUAUGAAUUGACGUGGAGCACAAUCCAAACAACUCAGAACGCUCCUUCCACAAGUGCACAAAGAUUAAGACAUCUUGAUUCUCAAGUUGGAGUUGUAAUAUCAGCUGACCAUGCUGUCGUUGAUCUCAACCAACUGGUUCGAUCUGAUUGUUAUACGACCUAUGUGAGUGAACUCACAAAAGAUCGAAUGAUAUAUGAAUCAGUAGUUUUCAUAGACAAGCGUCAGUCUAAUGGUUCAAUAUUAAUAUUUCGAGUUAGACAGUAUUCGUCUGGUAAGAUUGAAUAUGACUUGACGUGGAGCACAAUUCAAACAACUCAGAACACUUUUAGCACAAAUGCAGACAGAUUAAGUCAUUUUGACAUCGGGGCUUCGAUCAGUAUAUGUAGAUGCAUUGAGAGAAUACAGUACGAUACAAACGCAGCUGUGGAAUUAGGUUCUGUUUUUCCUUUUCUACGGCUCCAUGAACUAACGAAUGAAGCUAAUGACUUACCAAGCAGUAAUUAUACAGGACAGAUUGUUAUACCAACACUUUUGAAACUCGAUAUCUUAAGGUCACACAAAAAUGCAAUAAAUUUAGUUGCCCAACCAAAGCAGAACCACACCAGACCAGUUCCGUUGGAAGAAUGCAACACAAAACCUGCUCACUGUUCAUUCAUCCUUAGUACUUUAAUGAACAUGCGUAGACAGAAUGAAACCAGAAACACCAAAGGAGCAUUGAAUGAAUAUUGCAGUAAUGGACAGAGGAGUUUGAAAGCCAUAUUGAAGCCAUCGAGAAAAAAUAACAAAGAAAGGAGAACCGAUCAUUUCAAUUACAAAACAUCUGCUGCAAAUAAAAAUUAUUCUAAACAGUUAACAGCUAUAAUACCAGUUAGAAUCAAACCAGCGAAAAUUAACAAAAGGUGUCAAUCCCAAGCCAGUAACCAAUACUUUACCGAUGAAAGAAGCAAAUACAACAAGUUCAGGAGAUUCAACCUUCAUACUACAAACACACUCCAAACUAUGAAAAACAGCAAAAGAAACAAAGCAGGCAAACUGAAAACUUCCAAACACCCUAUUGCUGAUGGCCCAAUGAGUAGAGAAGCAGGAACAGUUUCACCAAUCUGUAACGAUAAACCUAAGACUUUGAAGACUCUACAAACAUGGUGGCACAAAGCAAGUAAGAAGCAAAAUAAUAGAAGCCCAAACAGAAAAGUAAUAAGACCUGGGAAAAUGCCACCGAAGAACCAAAGAAACUUUUCAAGAGUAUAUCUAUUACAAGUACAUAGGAAAGCAACCCCUAUUUCCUUCGCAAGAAAUCAAAGACUAGAUACGCAAUUAAGCCACUGUCUUAUGUUGAAAAAAGGGCCACCUUAUGUGAAACGACAUAAAGAUCGGUCACGAAGGUUUCAAAAAGUCGAGAAAAAUCAAGGAAAAACAUACCAUGUUGAUGGCGGUAUAUAUACCAAUCUUGGUUAUGAAAAUCACUUUUUGAUGAGAUUUGGCUGUGCAAAUGGAGACGUUUACGGAGAUGAUACAUACAUAUUAGAAGAAGAUCUAUGUCUUUAUGGAGAGGGAACUGUUGGUGAGACCAUACAGUACACGACUCGGGGUAAAGGAAUUGUUCCAACCGGAAUAGAGGAAAACACUGAAAUUCACACAAUUCGCGAUAUACCUGUGCAUGAACAUCUCCACCAACAAUUUCGAUCAAAAAGGAUGCAUAUUGUACAACCGACACGGGAGCAAGAAGAACGAUCAGAAAUAUGUACAACUUUAUCAUCAUAUGACAAAAAUAGAAUUCCAAAUUGUCGACCUAUUCAACUUGAUUUUGGGAUACCUUUAGCAGGUGGAACCAGUGCACAUAUUGUCCUGAAAAACACAUGCUGUAUUGAUGGAUUUCUGCUGAUGAUUUUUGUUGUAUUGGAGGAAAAUCUAAAAUUGAGAUCACAGUUUGAACAUUCCGAACAUGAAUUGCACAAGAUAUACCAUCAAAUAUGGAAGAGGUUCACAGUAGGAGAUUUUGGGGAUGGCAAAAUUGCAUGGGGUAAAUAUGGAGGUUACAUAGCAGAUCUCGGUGCAACUGGAGUGGGAACAGAGGAAAUAAUAGAUAUAAUUGGAACAGAAAAUGAGAGAAUAUUUUGUGUGCUUGGCAAACAUAGAUUUUCUCUUCGUGUACACUGCUCACUUGUUGAAAAUGAUGUUUAUUUCACUACACAACUGUACAACGUUUUACCAUUGUAUCAAGUUCAGGGAGAGCCUUUAUAUGACACAAUUAAAAGAGCUAUCAAUAAGUAUCUUAGAGGAGAUGAUUUGCCCUGUUACAGAAGUCAUGGAAACAUCAAAGAAAAAUGCAGAGGGAAAUCGAUAAAAACAUUGGUAGAACCGCCACUUAUUUUGCCAAUAAAUCUGUUCUUCUUGAAUUAUGGUGAAAAGAAAUAUUCAAGCAAUGAAAUUCCUGAAAUAGUGGAGUGCAAUGAACACAGGUAUGAGCUUCACUUGGUUCGUUUCUUCAUCGAAGGAGUAAAACAUUUUGUUGACAAGAUAAAGAUUUACGGAUCAUGGGCAUUUUAUGAUGAUUGUCGAGAAAAACUGUGUCAUUUUGAUGUAGAUCCCGAAUACGUCCAAUUGUCAAGUUGCUAUUUUGUAAAAGUAUAGGAUUACGUAUACAUUGUAAUACUAAUCUAAGAUUAAGAUGUAAUAUGCUUGAUCUUUGAGAUGUUAGAGUUAUACAAGCAUGGUCCGAUUUUUAAUGAGUAUUACGUUCAGGAUUUUUUAUGGAAAUUAGGAUACAUUGAUUUGAUUAAUUUUACAUCUUACUGAUGAAGAAAAUUUCCUACUUGAAAUAUAUCUAUACAUGUGUUGACUUUUUACUAUAACCCACAUUUAUCGGUCGUCCCUCUGUCUAUAUCACUCUGUUCAGAUCUUAAUAUUAUUCCGUAUCAUGUCUUUGUGACGUCAAAUACGUUGACCCGGCCUUAAUAACUUUGACCCGGACUUAUCAGCGACGUCAUAAUGUUUGAACCGACGUUAAUAACUUUGACCUGAACUUAUCAAGUCAUCUUUUGUGUGCUGGCGAAACAGAGCAAACACUUCCGAAACACGCAAAUAUAGCCCGAUAAAUCGAUUAUCAGAUUAUCUGUAUAUUGAUAUUGUAAAAUAUCAGCUGCUUGGCAUUAUAUGAAGGCUUUUUGAUCUCGUUCGCUACGCUCACUCGACAAAAAGCUUCAUAUCAUGUCUCGCAGCUGAUAUUUUACGAUAUCAACAUCAACCUGAUGAUCGGUACAUAUACAAAUGAACAUAUUUGUUUUGUAGACCUUUGUUUGUCUUUUCGGAGUUUUGCUCUAUUUUUGGGAGAGCAGGGGUCCAUAUAUUUUUGUCAGUCUUUCUUAGACUUGUUAGUUUUGAUUUAACUUGUGGUUUCUUCUGCAUUGUUGUCUCUUUUAAACAUUCCCCAUUUUCCCAUUCUCAUGAUUUAAAAGAGAAUGAGUAUGAAAGUUGUGAAAUCGGAAUAAAAACACUUCAAUCCCAAAGUUUUAUUAAUCUAAAUAUUCGUACGAAACCAUUUCGGUUACUUUCUGCAAACACUGCUGUUAUUUUUAAAGAUUCUUAAAGACUAUAAAAGUAUUGAAAUUGUUUGAAAUUAUUGUAAUUUUUGGAAACAAAAAAGUGGUGAUUUAGAAAAGCUUCAUGAAAAAUAUGUCAACAGAAUGAUUAUAGCUCUCUAGGCUCUUUGUUUAACCUAACUACAAUAGUCAUUCUUAUCAAGCAAUUUAAAUAAUGUAGAUUACAAUAUUAAGUAAUUGUAUACACAAAAGAGUAUAAAACUUUUACCUUAAGAAUGAAAAGAGUAUGUGAUUGCAUAUUAUACAAAACGACAAAAACAGUUCAACUCUCUAAACUUAUGUCAAGUACUAGAAAACAAAUCCUGAAGAAUCUUUGUUCUUUUAUCAUGUUUAUAAAAAUUAUGAAAACUUUCAGGCUUGCAACUUUUGUAACCCCUCUAGAUUGUUUUGUAAAUAUUGUAAAUAUGUAUUGUUGUAUUUGAUAUCACUGUACUGAUGUUAUUAUUUUUUGUCAUAAACAAACUUAAUAAUAACCUAAACAAUCAUACCACAUUUUCUUAUAUCUAUUACACUUAGUAAUUUAACUCCAAUAAGGGAGAAAUGUCCUAUAGUCGUUGUUUUUCAAAUGCUUUAGGUUUUUAUAAAAUAAAUAUGCUUAUGACAGUAUUGUUCUAGUGAAAGAUUGAUUAUUUGACAUGUUCUUUAGGUGUUAUACCACCAAAUCAAUUUGUUUACGAAAAAGGGUCGUAAAAAAUAUUCCCUUGAAUGUGACAGUUGUAAGAAAUUAAUCCUUCAUUUUAUGGCAGUCAAAAGAUUCUGAAUAACUAACAUGUAUCUUCGGGUUCCAAAGCACGUUUUUGUUUUUGGUGUUUCUAUAGAAUAUUUUGAAAACUAACUAAAGCUUGUACAGAGGGAAAAAGAGUGAAAUUUUGAUUGGUUAACUUCAAGUAAUGAUUAGUGUCUUAUUAUGCAAUGAAAUAUUAUGUGAUAUUUUGUCUAUAUUAUUGAAAAGGAUAAAAUCGUUUUUCAUGCCAAGUUAGAUAUCAAUUAUUUUUUUACAUCGUAUGUGACCUUGAGAGCUCACUCAUACCGGUGUUAUGUUGCAGCAUUUGAGUUAGAAAAGAACGAAUGUUAUCUAGACCAUCAGUGCAAAAUAACAUUUCUUGUCGCUUUUAAUUAUUAUAGAAUAAGACUAAUCGAAGUUAUGGACUUGAGUUAUCAUCGAUAUGUUCUUAAUUAUAAAUUAACUAUUAACAAAACUUUGAAUUUUUGGAAUACUAAGGCUUUUUUUAUAUCUCUGAAAAAGAUUACCUCUGCUGUUUUUGGCAAAACUUUUAGGACAUUUUUGUCCUCAAUGCUCUUCAUCUUCGUACUUCACUUGACCUUUUUAACAAUUUUUAAAUCGAGCGUCACUGAUGAGUCUUUUGUAGACGAAAAACGCGUCGGGCGUUAAUAUUAAGUUUCUAUCCUGGUAUCUAUGAUGAGUUUAUUAUGUAAAAAGACCAGAAAGGAACGAUAUAAUAUGUUAAAAUCGAUACUAUGAAAUAUUGAGAGAUAGUAGAUUGUGUUGCUAUUUGUGUUGUUUUGUUAUGCCUUGCGUAACUGGAAAUGCAUGAUUGUGAAUUACCUAAAAAUGUGUGUUAAUAACUUAGUAGUAAUAA